AUACACGCAUUCAUUGAUAAAAAAUAUGUAUGUAUACAUAAACAUGUAUCAUAAUUCGCAUCUGUUGUUUGAAAUCUUAAUUUAUAAAGCCAUUCCAUGGAAUGCACUUGACCAUGGCCGUAAAUUAGUAAAUAUAGGCAGCAUGAGUUACAACACGUAUGCACUUUUGCCUUGCUAAAAGUUCGCAGUACCACCAGUCAAUUGCCAUAUAGCCUGACAUAUAUAGGCCUACAUUUAAUUUACAGAUCACGGUUUAUUAUGUCUUAGAUUUUUUUAAGGGCGUAUUAAAUAUGAGAAGGUCUAUUCUGAAAUUGGCAGCCAAGUCCAACAUACAUUAGAAUGACAUGCGAUUACACGGUUUCACCUUCACUCCAAUCUUUUUAUGUCGAAUGACCUCGUACUGACUGCAUACAGGAGUCUUCCAGACUAAUAAAUGGUUUCCGAAGGUGAUGUUGAAUCGGGAACCAGUUUCUGUUCGUUUUGCCAUGCUUUCAGUCGCGUGAGCUUAGUGAAUCUGACAUGUGACGUCACAACGAAGACCCCGACGGCACGUGAAGGAAAGCAUGACUAGCGCUACAAGCAUUGAGUAUAUGGCCGGCCAGUGAUGAGGACUCUAUCAUAUUCCGUGUUUACUGUGAAGGCUGUGGCCGAAAUUUUGGAACAAAUAUUUGAAGUUAAAUAACCUGCAGGACAGAAGUCUUCCUUUUGCGACCAUGGACCCUGGGCUAAGGGUUGAGCCUGUGUCACGGCUUCUGUCAGAGGAAAGACAUUGCAGUGAUUCACAGUGUGAUAGGAAUAUUAACUUCUGGGAACAUCGUGCAAAACAGUUGAACUUCGUUGCAAAUCUGAUGACUGUGAUAUCCAGCCAGUGAAGAAGCCCAAAACUCCAAGGGACCCAAUGUCCCAUCGAAUUAUUGAGAAAAGGCGGCGGGAUCGGAUAAACAACUGUUUAGCUGACUUGAGCAGACUCAUUCCAGCCAAAUACAUGAAACAGGGUCAAGGACGGAUUGAGAAGACAGAGAUUAUUGAGAUGGCAAUAAAACAUAUUAAGCAACUUCAGGCAAAGCUGGAUACAUGUGAAAUUAAACAGCAACAAGCAGAUCCAGCGUCAGCCUACCUUCUGCAGAAACCUUGCUGUUCUGAAAAGUUCUACAUGGGGUUCAAGGAGUGUGAGGCUGAGUUGAUGAGAUUUCUGGUGGAGAAAGAAGGAUGGGAUGCGAAGGACCAGAUCUGCAGCCGUCUGAUGAAGCAGCUUGAUGAGGCUAGCAAAAAAUACACAGGCAAUUUUGGUGCUCCAGAAGGAUUUAACAGUGAUGGAAAGAAAGACACUGACAGUCAACAGUUAAUAUACAGUGGAACUGAUUGUAUGUCCAUGGAACCCUACACAUCCCCAGCUCCUAGUUCUGUCUAUGAUGGAGACAUGCAGGACAUGAUGCAGUACAGAGGUGGGACCUUCAGUGGAUACAGCAUGAACAACGACAAACAUCUGCGCACUCUUCUGGAAAAAAACACUACGCCCAGUAGUACAGAGAAUGAAUCAGGCAUUGCAUCUUUGACGAACAGAGAACCUGAUACUCCCGGGAAAUCCAUGAAUCUGGAUGAGAACAUGGACUCUGACAAGAAGUCCAGUUCAUCCCCACAUGAUUCCCUUGACCAGAGGGAGGAUUGCCACACAGCCUGCUUGUCCUCCAGGCGUGUAGAUGAUGGCAGCUCUUAUAAAUUCAAACAGAACAUAACUCUGCGCUUUUCAGAGGAAAAACGAAAAGCCAGUGACACUUCAUCAUCUAGUUCCAGAGAGGGUGGCAGUAAAGCAAAAGUGCGAAGAAAAGUCCCAAAGACCAUUAAGUCUCUAAGUCCCCAGUCUGACUCUUCCAUCUAUCCUACAUCUGAAUAUAGCUGUAAUGGGAAUGCUACAAGCUCGACAGGUGAUAACCCCUCCCAGGGAAAUAUGCCAGAGGAACACAAAAACAUCAAGGAGGAAUUUCGGUUAAACGGGGUUUCGUUGCCUGGCUUUAUUCUCCAUCCAAUGGGCUUGUAUUACUUGCCUAUCUCGCUCACUGAGUCACAAGUUUCCAUGCUUGGGUUGGUGCCAUUUAUAGAAGCAUCUGUUCAGCAGCAUGCAGCUCUCCUCCAUCCAAUUAACAUUCCCGUGAACUUUGGCAGCAAUUCACUUACAAUGAGGAGCAUUAACAUUCAUACCAGUUUUGCUCAAAAUCGUAAUUCAUAUUGUGAGGGAGACCAGAGAGAUUGUUCAAAAGUGUAGUUCAAGCACUGACUAUAUUGUGUGCAAUUUAUGAGCGUACAAAAAGGCAACCGUCAUCAAGCAGAUGUUCCAAGACUUAAAGAAACUAACAGUUUGUGAGCUCAAAAUUUUGUUGUUUAAAGCUGGGAUACCUGCAGAUGUGUUGUGUACAUGAACAGAUGUGGAAAUUCUACUACAAGGCAACUUUAUACAUGCUCUUUGAAUUCAUUUGAUGAUGAAAAUGAAAGCAUAUCAAAUUGCCUGCUAGGCAAAAGGUCUUGUGCGACCAUAUCAUUUGUGUUGUUAGAUUUAUGAACUUGAUUAAGGUGAAGUUUACUAAAGCUCAUAAUGUGACAUGAAAAGAUAUUGUAAAAUAUCACACACCAGUACAUGUAUUUUACCUGAAAAUGGGUUUUACAUUUAUUGGUGCGUUUGUUAAGAAAAUAAUCAUUUUUGUCAAUUUACAGUGAGUUCUAUCACUGUGGGUUAUAAUUUCUGUGGAAGCUUCUCAAGGAGAGUUUUCAUGCCUGCAUUAGCAUAGAAUGUUACCAUACUCUUGGACCACUUUCACUGGCUUUUGAUGAAGUCCCCCAAGCCAAGAGAAGUGAGUGUUACCACAGCUACUACUACAGGCACACAUACAUUGAGUUGAUACGUUUAUUGGACAACUCACAUUCAUUUCCACCUUCAUUGCCACAUCUGUCAGAGACGUCCCUAAACCUUGGAUGUAUUACCCAUUUCUAUUAUCAGAAGUACAUGGAACGAGGUAUGCAGUGAUACGAAGUAGAUUGAUUGGUGCUGAUCUCGCGUCUAUUUUUGGAGGUUUAUGUGUAAGUGUAUGUGUCGUGAUUUAUUCUAGAAGGAAAUUUACAGGGAAUUGACUGAACGCAAGAAAAAAUGCAUAGUUUUAUCUUUGUGAUGUUGCACAAUCAAGAUAGUACAGUUCAAUAUCACAGAACAUUGGAAAAAUUGAAAAUUUUUACUAGUCAGAUGCGAAUUCUCUAUAACCCCAAAAUGCAACUGUUUCUGCUUACAUCGCAAUGUUAUUUAACCAUAUGUAUAUAUGGUACAAGUGAAGCAAAUCAUGCUUCCAGAUGCUCAAACAUGGCACAUGUUAUGGCCACAUAAGAAUCCCAUAUGAAAGGCUCAUUGAUAGAGUUAGCUAGCAUAUCACAAAAAAAUGACUGUGGUCGCACAUUCACCCUUCUACCUAUAUUAUUUGCUAUCUUACCUUUAAUCCAUAAUUAUUUUCCUCUCUAUCAUCAUUUUAGGAUCGCUAUUGCUUUAGUGGCCAGUCAGAUUGGGGGGGGAGUACAAACACCUGAAGUAAUGAUUUGGUUUUCAGCAGAGGUGUACUGUACCAUAGAAUGCAGUGGCAUGCUUCUCUGUCUUUUCCAAGCUUAAUGGGCUCUUCAGCAAUGUACUUUGCUUACCUGUAUACCUCUAAGCAAAGUUUUCAACUCUGAGUGUACCUGUACAUUGUGAAUUUUCAAACCACGGAGGCUACCUAUUCAUUGCAUGUUUGUGCAAGGCUCUUUCUAACAUUUGUUUCUUCUUUUACAAACACUCACUCUGCCUUAUCAGUUAAACAAGUACGUGACAACUGACAGAUAACACGGACACAUACAUUGACAUACUUGAUGUUGUUGAAUUGUUUCUGCCUUUGCGGUAGUGUCAGUCAGACCAGCCUUUGUUCUGUGUAGUUCCCACUCAUGCAUUGUGAUAGCAUUUGGUUCACUCUCACAGUAUUCUUUGCAGUUAACAUUAUAGUUACUAAUUUCUUACCUGCUUCAUGUAUGUUUGUGGUUGUAUCCCUCAUUGUUGGCCAUAUUGUUUUACACAUAUCAUCAAAGUGACAGGAAAGUAAUACAGUUAUGGUAGGCUUUGGAUUUGAAUACCUUGAUAUGAUUUAUGCAAUUGGGUCGUUCAUAAGUGCUUUGCUUUGUAUAUACACUGUUCUGCAAAAUUUUUGCUGUAACCAAUGUUAAAUUGCCUCUUUUUGACAUUAGGAGGAUUUACAGAGAUUGUACAUGUGUUUGGGUAAAUUAAUCCUGCAAGAAGAGAUGAAUGUGAACAGGAUAGUGCACAUUUACCUACAUGAUGUAAUGUCAGAGUACAGGAAAGUUUUAGGAUAGUAUAACGGACAGUUACGCUCUAAAAAGGCUGUGGUAAGCUGUGGUUUCUAUUUACAGAACAUUAUGAUGUUUCUCGAGCUUAAGUUUAUUAAAGGCAAAAGCUAUUUUUCUUGUUUUGUUGUUAUCCACAUUGUUAUUGUUAUAUGUGUAAAGUUAGUCAUAUUUUUUCUUUUUAUUUAAAUGAUGGCCCAUACUUUAUUAACAGUUACAUGUAAGACACAUCACAUGAUGCUGUCUGUUAGGGCUGCAUUCCAGAAUCUUUUGAAGUUGUUAAAUGAUCAGCCUGAUAAGUGAGGUAAAAAAAAAGAAAAAAAAAAGAGUAAAAAAUAUAUAUAACAAAGUGGAGAAAAAAAACACAAUUGUGAUAAGAUGUUGUGCAGUACAUGGAUAUGUUGCACAUUGCAGUGUAUGUAUAAUAUUAUAUCCUGUCAAAACAAUCAUGUGUUCAGUGUGCACAUGUAAGUGUAGUUUGUGUAUAUAUGUAACAGAAAAAGUAUAUCCUCCCAGAUAGGGUGUAUGCAUGUUGUUUUGUCUUAAGUUCAGUGCAUUAUGCAUUGAACAAGGUUUAUUGACUUUUAAGAGGCUGAUGGCAAUGUAAAAUCCCGGAGGGGGCCUCCGUGGCUCAGUCGAUUAGUGCGCUAGCGCAGCGUAAUGACCCAGGAGCCUCUCACCAAUGCGGUCGCUAUGAGUUCAAGUCCAGCUCAUGCUCUCCGGCCGUAAGUGGGAAGGUCUGCCAGCAACCUGCGGAUGGUCGUGGGUUUCCCCCGGGCUGUGCCCGGUUUCCACCCACCAUAAUGCUGGCCGCCGUUGUAUAAGUGAAAUAUUCUUGAGUACGGCGUAAAACACCAAUCAAAAAAAAAAAAAAAAAAAAUCCCGGUGAAAUAUGUUUGUUCUCAGUGUAAUAUUUAUUAUUAUCUUGUGUACUUUUUGUUGUCAAUUAAACAAAGUGAUUGUAGACUGCACGUCUUAAGUAGAAAGUGAGAACCAGGCCCACAGAUUUAAGAUCAGAGAUAAAUUUUUGGAAUUAUGUAAAUUUUAAAAAUAGAUUUUCAAAUGCAGGAGUUUGACAGACAAAUGGUGCAGGGGAAAAAAUUGUCAGUAGUAUUGACUUUUUGCAUUUUCUACCAGUCCUAGCUUUCCAUUCUUCUUUUUAAGUUUGAGUUCUUGCUUGUCCAUCCCUUGCCUUCACCUGUUUAAGCCAGUAAUUGGUUAAUGUGUAUUGGCAUUUUGUUAUAUUGCUUUUCUCUCAGCUUAGAAUACCUCAACAGAUUACAAAAUGUUCUGAGUUUUAGCAAAUAUUUAUAUGUAGAUAGUUUCCGUUUAUAGAUACCAAUCUUUGAUUAUUGAUAGAUUUAAAGAUUCCUGAAAAUGUGCCUUAGAAUAUCAGAUAUUUUUGCCAUUGUUCUGAAGGUCUCGUAGGCCUUUGACUGAGUGUGUGUCUUUUCUGUUACUCCUUUAUUCGAAUUCUUUGGUAUAAGGGUAACACAAAGGAAGUGGUGUCUUCAGUUGUGCAGUGAUUUUUCUGUCUCCAAAUUGUCAUGAACUCUAAUGUUAAAAUAAAAAUAUAUAUAUUUUUCUACUCAGUUUGCUACCAUGCAGUUAAGUAUGUUUAAAAUCUUGAACCCUGUGGGCCUGGGAGCAGAAAGGUAUAUGUAAACACUUUGUGCUGUUCCUUGUCAAGUGGCAAUGCUGUUGCUGUUACAUUUUUGGGAAUGCUGUCACAACCUGACAGUGUAUUUCUAUAUAUUUAUACGUACCUUGAAUAGAAUAUUGUCCAAGUGGACAGAUUCUUCCCUGUGUAUGAAUAUACGUAGAAAUGUGGUUAGGUGGUCUGAUUUAUUUUACCAACUUGCUGAAUUCAACAAAAUCAACACAGGUGGCAUGCCAUUGAUCAUGUUAGAAAGGUACAUAUUUUAUGAAACAGUGCUUGUCCUAUUGGCAGUGUGCUUGGCCAUACAACAAAUGGUACUGUGAGAAUGUGUCUUGAUGUCUAUGAUAGGUUCUUCUUGAUAUAACAGUGGGCUUACUUUGCUCAUCCACUAUACCUCUUGGCUGAGUAACACUAAAAAUCUUCUACAUAUACCUAAUUAAAUGUAUCUUUGUUCCUUGAUCUAUCUUCUCGGAUGAUUUUAGAAUUGAAGUUCUGUAGAUAAUUGUUAUUUUUCAGAUAUUCUAAUUGCUUCAUAAGAGUCAAGCUUUCGAGGUCAAUUAAAUCAAAAUGCUGUUUUUAGCAGUAUCUAUCAAAAUUGCCAACCCUGCCGAAGCAAUCUUAGCAAAAUCUUCUGAUAUAUUUUUGAGGAUGUAUGUAUUGAACAUCAGUCUGCAAUGUUAGGAUGAAAUGUUGACAAUUGUUACAGAAGUUGUAUAGUUGUUCAGAAGAAAUCAGGCCACGGUUUUGCUGGGAGCAAAUUGUAGUGUUGAAUUCAGUGACCGGUGAAUGAAUACAAACUUAAAUCUGAAAUCAUGAUGCUAAAUGUUUGUGUGCUUUGUAUCUCAUGUUGUGCAUUUGGGGGAGAAGGGGGGGAACAUUUGUUAUCAAAUUGAAGUGUUAUGUUGUUAUCAGCUCAUUAUUCUGCCCCAUUGUUGCUGAAUAUUUGAGUCUUUCCACAAAUUGUGCUCAUGUGUUUUCUUUCACUGCAAGAUACUGUUACCAUGGUGAAUAAAAUGUUUGUUUUGAUUUGUA